AUGAUGUAUACAGAUUAUAUAUUAGGAUGUUAUGAUAUAGAAGAACUAAUUCAAAUAUGUGGAGAAUUAAAUCUAUCAAUACCAAAACCAAGGAAUAGAUCGAAUCUGAGAUCAGUUAUUGUACAAAGGUUAAAGGAGAAACAAUGGUAUCAAACAAAGUUGGUUGAUGAUAAUCCGCUCAACAAGUAUCACCGAGGCGCCGUCGAUUAUGCGUUGCCAUAUAUCUUGAUCACCAAGAUAUUGACCUAUGCCUAUCACAGCAGCAAUGAAUGUAUUUGCAAGGAUUUAACGUUCAGAGCUGGAGGAGUUACUGGUGCACUAGGUAACAAGGCAAACCCACCAUCAGCCAUCUUGAAAACACCAUGUUUGGUACACUUUAAAAAGGGUGUUCCAAAUAUAAUGCUCAACGGCCUCGAUAUCCACAAACAAGUACCAAACCAGGGGGUCAAGUUAUACACCCCUUGGAGAAUGGAUCUGAGUUUGAUAUCAAAGCAAAUUGAAUCCUAUUAUUGGGAACCAUAUAUCAAGACGAUGUUUGGGUUGAGAUGGUUCAAAGAAAACUAUACUUGGUUCUCUGGCGAUUGGUACUACGAAUCCAAACAAACUCUAUUCAAGAAUCUUCCCAAUCUUGAAUCGAUCACUAUCAAUCUUGGUGCUGCUCUUUUGGAUAAAACUCAAUUUGUUGGUUUUAAAUUAAGAUUUGUUCAAUAUACAUUGACUGAUAAACUACCACAAUACGUUUAUUAUAAAACUAAAUAUAUUUCCGAUAAUCUAUAUAAUAUUAGAAAAAAAAAUUAUUAA